GCCAUGUUGUCGAACGCGCUUACGUCAUCAGCACGCGCCAAUUGAAGCUGUAGCAGCGGGAGUUUCCGUAGAGGUAAAGUGAAUGUUUAUCAUGUGAAGUUACUGUAUUUCUCUGAGAUUUAGUCUUAAAAUGUUAUUUUUAGACUAACAUUAACUGUCAGCUACUAAACUGUCAACUUCCCCCACUGGUAAACCGUUAACAGGUCGUUUUUAUCGUUAUUUCUGUGUGGUUUAGUCCGGUUCGUGUUUAAAUGUUUUCUAAUGAAACUCGCUGAAAUAACCGUUUCUAUGUUUGUUUGUUUUUCAUGUAGUCUGUGGUCAUGACGCAGAGAAAGAGACUUUCCAACACUCCGAGCUCCUCUCAGGCCAAAGUAAGACUCUGUAUUAUUUUAUCAUAUUUUAAAAAUCUUAUUUAGAAACUUCAGUAACAGUUAAUAACAGUUAGGACUAAAUACUAAACAUACAACAGGAUGACACUGAGUGUAGAGCUACAGUGGUUUAUUUGAGGACAGCUACAGAAAAGUCCUUAAGUUUCAGAGGUUUGUAUCGUUUCCAUGGAAACAGCGUUGUUUCGUUCAUUAACUUUGACUAAGGCCAUUGCUAUUCUUCCUGGAGUCUACAUUCACAGUUAGCUCUCCACUGCAGCGCACAGUCACAAAAAACAUCUGACCACCAACUCAAAGACAACGUCAACAACUCACAACAACCACAACAACUCACAACAACCACAACAACUCACAACCGCCUACAAGACAAAAACAAAAUCAGUUACACUGCCAGAUCCAUGUUGUAUCUGCUUCUCUCUAAACCAUCUGCAUCUUCUUGUGAGCCAAAUAUAAUCAGUUUGUGUUGUGACCAUUUUUACGAUGAUUUUACGUGUCUGUGUUUGAACAUAGAGGCAGUCAGGCGCCUUCCCAGCUCAGGACGACGAUGACGACGUAACCUUCACUCAGCCGAGCAGUACGCAGGUCCAGAGAGGGCUGGAGAAGCUCACCCCUGCACAGGUCGACCAGAAGGUAACCGCAGCACAGAGGUCCACAGAGUCCGUCAUUUAUAAUCAAUGAUGAUAAUGAUGUGUGUCUGUGCGUGUGUGUGUGUGUCUGUGAUGUAGACUGCUGAGGUGGUGCAGUUUUUCUUGGUGAAGGCCCAAAAGAAGAUCCCCAUCCGUAGAGCAGGUGACUAGAUUCUGAUCCACCUCCUCUGUAGAAACUGGAAAUACUGCAACAGCUGAAUCUUUUCAUUUUGAGUCUUUGAGUGUUCUUUAUGUCCUAGAGUGGACUUUGGAUGUAGCAUAAAAAACCUGCACAGCACUUGAGGUAAUAGAACUUGCUGUUUUCUAACCCUGCAGAUUUAUAAUCCUCUUCUUUGUCCCAUCAGAUAUUGUGAAACAUGUGGUGAAGGAGUACAAAAACAUCUACCCUGAGAUCAUAAAGAGAGCCACGCAGACUUUUGACAAGGUUUGUGUAAUCUGAGAGGAUCACCAGCAGCACUGGGAUCAUCUAAAUGUUGAGAAUUUUCCUUUGAGAGCUGAUCUCUGAAAAUCUGUCUCUGCUCCACUCUUUCCUGAUCAGGUCUUUGGUCUUAAACUGGUCGAAAUCGAUACAAAAAAUCAUUUGUACAUACUCGUCAACAAGUUGGAUCCGGUUGAGGGAGACUCUCCAAUCAGGUGAGUGUUAUUUUAUAUAUAUUUGUAUUUUGCUUCAUUUUCUUUGAAUUUCAUAAUGAAGAUAAAACAGUUUUCUCACCUCUCUGUAUUUUUGUCCAUUUUGUGUGAAGCGCCCCUGCAAAUCCAAAGAUGGGCCUGCUGUUUCAGAUCCUGAGUGUUGUUUUCAUGAAAGGAGGCGUGGUCCGAGAAAGUGAGUGAUAUCACAGACAUCCAUCACACUCUCUUUGGUUCAUUAUAAUGUCGCUGUUACUUUCUCUUAAACCAAAAACAGCUUUUACAUCUCUUUUGAUUGAUGCUGCCAAACCCCAUAGAGAAAACAGUCAUUUUUACCCCUCAGAACAGAGUUUCCGGUCGACUGCUGACUUCUGUGGCUAAUUUUUGCGUUUACCUGUGUGGUGUAGGAUUCAUCAGAUUUAGUACCUCUGUUUUUGAGUUCACCAAAAGGAUCUCACUCUCUGAAAAAAAUAUCACUCUGUUGGUUUCAUUUUUGCACAAAGGAUUAGGUUGCAGCUGUUACCUUUGAGUGACUCCAAAUGUUUGCAUACUUGUUCAUCAUUUCGACUCCAAAUACACAAAAAAAUGAAAAGAAAAUCAGUUUUCCUCUGAACUAAAACAUGCAAACUUCUCUUUCACGCUCUGUGCUGUAGACGUCAUCUGGAACACGCUGAAGAAACUGCGUGUCGACCCGGGGUGAGACCACAUUUGCAUGUUAUAAACCUGCAUGUAUGUACUGUUUUCACCUGACUGUCACUUUGUUGAAUUUUCUGUGAUUCUGAUUUCUAUCCAGAGAGAAACACGAAGAGUUUGGCGACGUGAAGAAGGUGGUCACAGAGGAGUUUGUGCGUCAGAAGUAAGAAUCAACAGUUUGCUAUCACAGCCCCGCUCAUGUCCCUGUAAAAGGAUUUAGCCCCUCCCCCAAGACUUGUAAAGGCUGUCUGUAGAGCACCACAACCUUUAUUCAGCUCAUAGCUCAGCCGUCUAAUUCAGCAGGCUAACAAUCAGUGGGUGAGAGGUUCGAGACCAGUUAGGGUCAGUAUGUAUCCACUGUACUGGUGUGUUCAGAGCCAGUGUCUCUCAGACCAUAGACUCUGGUUUAUACCACACCACAGAGCAACAGGAGUGUGCGAACCAAACCAAACCUCUCCAGCAGAGUGGACUGGAUCAGCACCAACUCCACACACUGUCGUUUCAGUUUAGUAUGACUUUAACUCAGCGUGUGUGUGUAGGUACCUGGAGUAUGUGCGGAUCCCUCACACAGAGCCAGUCGAGUAUGAAUUCAGGUGGGGCCAGCGUGCAGAAAUCGAAGUGUCCAAACCCAAAAUCCUCGAGUUCCUGGGAGAGGUAGGGAUCUGUUCGAUUUGGGGAUGGAAAUCGAGAACCAGUUCCAAAUGGUUCAGUCCAUCGACAUCUUUUAUAUCAUCAAAUCACACAUUUUUUUCUGUUAUCAGAGACUCAAUAAAACUUUGAGUUAACGGUGAAAACCUAUAGUCUACUUUUUAUUAAAAUCAAAGAAAGGCAUUGAUAAGGGAAUCGAUGAAAGGACUGAAUUGAUAAGCAGAAUCGAUAAUUGCAUCGAUAUUAAAAUCUUGUCAAUUCCCAUCCCUGAUUUUUACCUGCAGGUUAAACUUUAAACGGGUCAGUUCGCAGAAUAAUUCAAACUAAUCAAAUUCUUUGUGUGUGUGUGUGCGUGUGUGUGUGUUGUAGCUUCAUGAGGUGGACCCUAAGAGCUGGAGUCAGCAGUACAGAGAAGCUCACGCCUCCCAGAACUCCUCACAGCCCAGCAGCAGCAGCAGCAGUCAGAGAUAACUGCCGACCGUAACCAUAUUAAAUAUUUGACCUUUAUUUUAUCUGUUUUUAAUAAUUAUGCUACCACAUUGGAGCUGCAUCAUUAUUAAAUAUUCUCCUUGAAUGUUUUUAUAUUAUAUUACAUUAAACAUUAAAUGAUCCAGUUUUACACUUGUGUAUGUUCAUACUGUGAAUAAUACAGAAACCCCACACACACAGAGUUCAUCAGUAAUUCAUUUUUAUUUUAUUGCUUGGACAUUAAGGUUUCAGCUUCGAUGACAGGCACAGCUGAUUGCACAGAUUUGACUCUGGGUUCUCCUCCGCUGACAAGAACUUAAAGUGUUUUAAAGGGACAGCUCGCCUUCUUUUAGCUGCAAGUAUCACAUCAUGUGGAAAGACCUUCAUGCAGGUAUUUAUGUCUUUACUCUUCUUUUGAACAAAAGGAUCCCCUGAGAUGUUUUUUUUUUCUAUUGCUCACUCAGAGGAUAAAAAAAAUCUGCACAACUUUAUAGAACUUUGCAGUAGAUGCACACUUCCAGAGACUGGAACAGAAAGCAGAAUUUAGGCCGGAUAUCUGUGGGUUCACUCAGGUUUCCUGGUGUCAUGGAGCUGGUUCAGUUUAAAAUGUUGAAAUAAACCCAAAUAGUCCAAUCUUUUGCUGCUUAGAUUCAGGGCCAAACUCUCUGACAGACGUCAUCUUGAUGACAUCUUUUUUAUUUGGAUUGAAGUAAAUCCUAAAAAUUGUUAAAGUGAAAAGAGUUUCUGAAGUUCAGUGAAAGCACAAUUAAAUUUGGGCUUAUUGAACCUUAAAGUGCACGCUGUUCUUAACUUCAUCUUUUCUUACAAACCUAGAGGAUAAUUCAACCCCAGAUACACCAAGAACAGCUUUAUGAGCCCCUUGACAUGGAGUCAUUAAAGCAUCUUUUUGGCAUUUUAGGCACUGACUCCUGUUAUUCUGCUUUCAAGUGUCUAAUAUUCAGAGCUCAAGUAAAAGAGGAAAGCACCAUAUUUCUCACAGUGUACUUUUUAUUUGUUACUUGUUGUUAAACUUACUCAGAGUUUGUGGACAUUUUAUGUUUUUCUUAUUAACUGAAAGGACACAUCUUUUGGUAUCUAUCAGUCCAAUCUCCAUGUUGAGUCCAGUAAUGACCCCUGAAACUUCAGUCCUUCAAUAUGACAAUCUUUCCAUAUGAGGGGUGGGGAUAAAAUAAGCUUCUUUUCCUUUUCCAAACCUUCAUAAAGACUUUAGUCACAGAGAAAAACUUCUUACAGUUAACAUAACAUGGGCCAUUUUCCCAAUAAAGAACUGUGAAAGAUUUAUCUGAACCAGCUUCAUGAAACCUUAUGGAAAAGGACUGGGGCCACUAUUUUUUUCUCUGAAAAUUUUGAGAUUAAUCUCAGAAGACUAAGAAAAAAGUCUAAAGUCUGACUUUAAACUAAAAAUUUAAAAAAGUAUAUAAUUUGAAAUCAGAGUUAUACGAUGAAAGGCAGAAUCCUGAAAAAAAGUUACAAUUCUGAGAUAAAUGUUAGAGUUCCAUUAAAAGUUCCUGAACGAUUUCCACAAAUGAAGACAAAAUUCAGACUUUAAUCUUAGAAUUCUGUCUUAGAACUUAAAAUUCUAAGAUCAAAGACAGAGAUCUGAAAAAAAGUAACAGUUCUGAGAUCAAUGUUAGAGUUCCAAAAACAAGUUUCAGAACUAUUUUCACAAAUGAAAACAGAAUUUUGACUUUAAUCUUAGAAUUCUGUUUUUGAUCCUGGAAUUCUGAGAUCAAAGACAGAAUUCUGAAAAAGUAACAAUUCUGAGAUCAAUGUUAGAGUUCCAAAACACUUUCCACAGAUGAAGACAAAAUUAAAAAAAAAAAAAAAGGUUGGAAUUUUGACUCUGGGCUCUGCAUUCUGAGAUCAAAAACAGAUUUCUGAAAAAGAGUCAAAAUUCUUACAUAAAACUCAGAUACCCCCCUCCCUAAACACAGGAAAAAUUGAGUAUGGAGUUGACUUCUUUCUUUGUAGCAACCCUAAUCUUCUUCAGUAUGAACCCAGACUCUGUGAUAAAAGUUCUAGAUUUUGACCCCAAGUCCAAGUUUUCUGAUCACAACACAGCUACACUAAACUACAGUCAGCCAUCUUGAAAUGUUGUCAUAUUUAGAAACACACUGACACAUUGCACCAGAUCCCUUUAAGUAUCUUAUCUGAAUGACGGAUGAGGGUUCGACACAUACGACAGUCUGUGUGCGGAGGCUGCAUAGAGGAGUCGUGUUAAUUCGACCCAGGAGGCACUUCACGGUGUCGGGCAGUUAAAGUGCCAAAUGUCCCCUCUGGUUGGACUCUCAAAGGGUUAACAGUGCCUCGAAAACCCGCACAUUACACAGCACCUCUGUGACAGUACAGACACCAUACACAAUGACUGAAACAACUGAUUCCACAUGUGUGUGUGUGUGUGUGUGUAAAUAGUCGACAUGAGCCCGGGGAGGUUAGCUUGGCUUCGCACACACAAUGGAAAUAAGAAGAAACAGUAACCUGGCUCUGUUCGUGUUUUAAAUUUAACAGCUUUGCACAUUAUUUUAGAUUUAUAUUGCUUUCUCCGGCCUUUUUAAGAUCAUUUUUAUCCAUUUUCUUCUCUACUUUCUUAAACGAAAAAUCCUGCUCCCUUUCACAGUGAAAUCUAAGAUUCAUGGGUAAAACAGCAGGUGAAAAAGAGCUGUAUUAUCAGUGUGGAUUCAAUCACUUAGCCACCUGGAGAAAGUCCCUCCUGUAGUUUGAUUCUCAGGUCACAGAGGGACUUCAUUUCUAAUCUAAGUUUGUCUUUUAACCAGCUGAAAAAUAAUCUCAUUAGCUUUAAUGAUCCACAGAGAGGUGGGCUCAUUAUUGAUAAGUUCAGAAAUAAAUCUCUUUUUUGACAGCUGGGUCGCCCCCUGGUGGCCACUGUGAAAGUACACGCUGAAGGCACUCAUGUCAGCUUCAUUUUAUAUUUGCGUUUCUUAACAUGAUGCUAUGAUUUCAACUAUUCUCUGGUCUUUGUGCCACGCUAAGCGAAUAUUCAGAGUGUUUAGAGUUUACUCAGGGCUUCUCAUCUGACACACGAGUGUCUCGAAAACCUUCAAUGAUUUCCUCUUUUUCAGAAGUGACAGAAACACACCUGGUCAGAAUCUUCACCUGCUUACAGGUCGGCUGAAUUCUCAUAUAAAGCAGAAAAACUGAAAAAUGGCUCAGACCAGCAGGUCAGUUUGAGUAAAACUGAAUGAAUUAGUUUCACGCUGGUUAGUCCUUUAAGAAAGAAAAAAGAAGAUAAAAACAAAACAGUAACGACUUUCAGAUUUCCUAUGGUGGUCUGGUCAGUGAAGGACCCCUCUUCUUCAUAUCACAGACCCGGGGCCUGAGCCCUGCAUCAUUAUAAAGUGCAUUUACAAUGGAGAUAGGCUACCAUUGGAGAAAUCUCGGGUUUUAUACAGUGUUAUCACAAAGUUCGACCAUUUCACAACACAGACCACGCGAAUGAAAAUGAACACUAGGAUUACUUAAAUUAAAAAAAGGCCACAGUCCAUGAGGAUGGAUGGAGGUGAAACCAGGUCUAGAUAUGGUCUGGGACCGUCUCCAAAGCCUCCGCCGGGUCUCUGUCCACAUCCACGUUCUGAGAAAUGAGAAAAUCAAAUCAGUUUUUUGUCUGUUCAUACUCUGGUCUGUCUGUUUUUUCAUCUGUCGUGUGACUUUGGUAUUUUUCCUGAAUAGUUUGGAGUCGCACAAAAACCCAGCAGAGAAAACUUUCUGUGUCAACUCUGGCGCCCCCAUGUGGACAAAAACGGUCAUUCCCAAUCUUAAGUGGUGACUUUUAACUAUAAAAUCUCCUCCUGGUGACUCUGGACAGUCAAAUUUGAAUAUUUUAAAGUUUUGCUAUAAAAUUCAUCAGUUUUGUCACAGAUGGCCUCAUUUGUUUUUAGGUGUCAUGGAAAGUCUUCAGCAUGAGUUUAAAAGGAUAUUCCUUUAUCAUUUCUUUAUCAUUUCCUUGAAGUAAUAAUCACCAUAUUAAUCAUUUUACAGACGCUGUAGUUCUUCUGUCUUAGCAUCUCAGUCUGAUUGUAUUUUCAUGAAGAAAUGAUCAUAAAUGUUCUUCCUUGAGCUGUGGCACCCCGCUGUAGUCUGUAAUGGACUGGCCUGAGGUCUCUCUACAAACAAGCGUCUGCUGGAAGAGAGUAGGUGAGUUGUGUUUAGUCUCUUUGCUAAAGAAAUGAGUCAAAGUUAAAAAGAUGUUUGGUGUCUAGUACUAUGUCUGUGACCCUAUAUGUCCUGUUGAUGAAGUUAGGUGCUGUUCUGAGCAUUAUUUGUGGCUAUAGAGUGGCGUUUUGGUUGGGGGCGUGGCUCUCUGUAUUGCUAUCCUGCGGUCGUUACUAAAGUUGGUAUAACUAGAGAAGCAAGCGGUCGACAACAUUCAUCUCUGGAGGGGGGUCUAACUCAGUGUUACGGUGGGUUUGACCCUAAAUAAUAAAUAUCCCUUUAAGUCUAUUUCAUAAGCCCCCCCAAAAAACUCCUCACUGGAGCUUUAAAGGGGGACAUCAGUGACUCACCACGGGUUUGUCUCUGUGCGUGUUGACAGCUUCGAUAUUGAGGAAAACAGACUCCACUUUACAGCCUGAGAGUGAAACACAAACAGAAACAGAUUCAGUUUACGAGGUUCAAAGAGUCGUGCUGCUCAGGAUGGAUGAAGACUGACCGUAGGCGACGGGGGUGAGCUUCAGGACGGUGUGGAGAGGACACUUCAGGUAGGGCAGCUCACCUGACACAGAAAAGAGGAAGAACAGUCAGAUCUGUUUCAGUGUAACAUCAGGAUGAGUGUCAGUUUGAAGUCAAUUGGCCAAAACUUUGUCAAAUAUUAAUGUUCAUUAGCAGCUUCUGAUAUUCAUGUUUUUCUGAAAACUAUCAGCUUUUUCUUCACCUGCACUUUUGUCUAAGAAGUAAGCCAGCAGACAUCUCAUGACGGCCUGGUGACAGAUGACCAGAACGUUCUCCUGCCUCUCCAGCUCCAUGAUGACCGGCUCCAGACGCUGCACCAGGUCCUCGUAUGACUGAUGGUAAAAAAAGACACAAACGCAGACAGGAAGUGAGCACACCUCCUCUUGUCUUCUUGUUUUUUUCCGCUCUGAUCCUCACCUCUCCUCGGGGGUAGCGGUAGCGGUACUUGUCUUGGUCCCUCAGAGCAAACUCCUCUGGGUAAUUCUCCUGGAUCUCCUCGUACGUCAUCUCCUCGCACACACCCUGAGACACACACAGACACACAAACAUCAGAGUUCACUGACUAUCACACAGCUCCUGGUUUUCCACUAAGUCCUUUAUUAGACUGUUAGUCCAGUUAGUCCUAUUGUACUCCAGUAAAUACGGUAAAAAUCUCCCAGCAUGCAUCCCGAACAGAUAAGCUUCACCACUCACAGCGUCGAUCUCGUUGAGAGCCUUCCACUGCUCGUACUGGACUCCCAGAGCCUCGGCCGUCUGGAUGGUCCUCUUCAUGUGACUCGUCCACACCUUCAGGUCACUGAUGCACUGUCCGCGCAAGUACGUACCCAGAGCGCUGGCGAACUGACACACAAACACACGGAACAUCAGUGAGUAAAAACAGAACCGAGAAUCAGAUCAUCACCAAACACAGAUCUGACGACCCUGACCUGAGCUCCACGAGACGACAGCCCCGAGUCUCCCCCGAUGCGACCCGUCAGGUUCAGCUCGCUCUCUCCGUGGCGGCACAGGUAGAUGGACCUUGGGGUGACGUGGAUGUUCAUGAGGUAGUAAACUAUCCGGCUCUGGAUGUGGUCCUGGACUCGGUUCACCAGGUACCUGCUGCCCACGUUAAAGAUCUUGAUGUAGGACAAACUCCUGAAGACGAGAAGACGAUGGAGGAAAAUCACGACAGUAAACGGUUGGUGGAGUCUCGGGUCAAUAACUCUGAGGUUCACUAAAGUCAGACUGUAAGAACUGUUGGACCAUCUGAAACUGUCCUUUAAAGUCCGGACAGGUUCAUUUAUUAAAACCACGAAGGUUUGGAGACGUGAAAUCGUUGAAAACUAUGAAAACGUGACAUCCAAGAUGAACAUCAGACCACAGCUCCUCUCUCACCUCAUUAAAAUAACUCUGGAGCUGAACGUCGGAAAAUCAUCCAGAGAGGACAGGAAUAGAAACUCUGGACAGACUCUGACAUUGUGGACUCUCUCACCUGUCUUUGUCGUCGUCCAGCGGGACGUAGGUCUGCUUGUAACACUCGAUCCUCUUCAGGAAGUCCGCCACGGCCUCCUCUUUGUCACAGCCCACGUAGUCCGGACUGCUCAGCUUCACUUGCUGUUUGAGAGGCAGAGACACUGAGGGAGUCAUUUCAGGCUUCAUGCAGCAGCAUCUAAGUAUCUAUGUCGAAUGUUUACAACCGAAUGAAGAGUGUGACGAGAGCUUCUAGAGCAUCUAUAUCAAUGUUUGGUGUUGUCGGGUGAACACUGAAUCAGCAGAAGAGAGGAGGGGAACAUCUGUGAGCAGCAGCAGCUCAGUAAAACCUGACAGACUGGGAACAGAACUCCAACAAGUCCCUGUGGCGUGACAGUGCGGGGGAGAGUGGAAAAUUAAGACUGAUCCCAGGCUCUGACCGGAGAGGAGGAACCCAGAGUCCCAGUCUAGGCUGGGGGAGGCAGACCGCUGAGACCGUGUCCUGAGAUCUUCCUUCAGCUGCUUAACCCAAGAACACUACCGCUAAAAUUAGUAACACCAUCAAUAUCAACGGGUGAUUUUUACCUGAAAUAAUAAACCCAAGAAAAAGGACUUCAUCAAAAUAGGAGAAUACAUGACAAAUUAAAGUCGUUUUCUUUAUUUUUAACUCUGCAAAAAAGAUAUCAUGUAAACUCCAGGACCGCUCUGACUGACCUUCUUCUCUACAUGCAGCUGUCAAACCUACUUUACCCUCCAUCACUAACAUCAGCCUGUGAACACGAGUCUGGAGGAAAAAACAGGUUUAGGAUCAGAGAAACAAAUCUGUCUUCAAAGACGUCAAACGAAACACUGAAGAUACUCAGACAAACACAACAUCAUGAAGAUCACCUAAAAACAGGUUUGGAUAAAAUCACCAGGCGAUGGUGUUCUCGGGUUAAAAUGUAAAGAUUCACUUUCUUCUCCUUUAGGGUUGGUGCAGUUGGACACUAAACUACAAGAGAAACAUCAAACUGACUUAAAGGGUUAACUUUAACUGGGGCAGGUUGUUGUAUCGCCUCUUUAGGGCCAAUAAGCUGCACUUGAACGCAGCACACCGUCCGUCAAACAGCAACAGCAUGGAGAUAACUCUGAAAAGCCCGUGUCUGUUUUCAUUAUUCAUCAAGUAAACAGGAAGUCAGCAGAUAUCCAAACUAUUCCAGAGAAAUACAAACAAAGAGGACGCUCAUCUCCUCUGAGGACGUUACAGACGGUUUCAAAGUGAAAUUAGGAAAACUGAAGAGAAGAACAACAUGGAGAGAGAGCAGGAGGAGGAGGAGGAGGAGGAGGGCGGCGGCCCUCCAGAUGUCCAAACAGACCCUCCUGGAUCAAACUCGACCACCUGAGAAACUCGACUCUGUUUCAGGUCAGCCUGUUCCUCCAAUAACAAACCACAGAGCACACGCUGGUUUCACGCUGCUGUUGGCUCGGCGCCGUGAUUUCUCUCACCUUAAUGUUCUCUUCGAUGAUGUCAGGGUCGUCACAGAUCGACUCCACGAAGAAAACCUGGACGUUUGAGGCAAAAACAGAGAAACUUACAUACAUUUAUGUUUUUUAAACAGUUUAAAUCAAGAAUAAAAAGACAGACCUUGUAGCCGUUCUCCUUGGCGAAGGAGAGGAUGAGCUCUCGGCGCUCUGCGGUCGUGUUGGUGGCAUCAAAAACCUUCAAAAUCAGACAGAGCGGUGAAGUUUAGGUUUCGCCGGCGCAGUCAUACUUCACAGAAAUGACGGACUUCACUCACCACCACCUGACCCAGCUCCUUGGUGAAAUAGUCGCACACGUCUUUGAGGGCGGUGAUGGCGCAGGCCCUGACGGACACACAGACAAUCCUCUUUCAGACAUGUUUCUGUGAGUCAUGACCUAAAGAUGGCGCUGAGGUUCGUACUUGCGUAUUUUCAUGGCCUCGGUGUUGUCCGGUCUGAAGAACUCAAAGCUGUUGUAGAUGCGCGUGGCGUCCCUCCUGUACUGACCCACGUUAAAGACUAAAACACAGAGAAGGAGGUCAGGACUAUCCAACUGGUUCAGAGGACAAAACCACAACCACUGAGGAGGAGGACUCAGGUGAGACCUUUAGUCGUGACGCCGAUCCAGUUCAGGUAUCUGGUCAUCUUUUUGGAGAUGUAGGUCUUCCCUCUCGCCGGGAGUCCCACCAUCACGAUCAUGGUGGGAGAGUUGGUGAACUGAGGCACCGACGCUGAAACACACAAACAGACCGUCAAACCUGAGCUGACCAGAGACGAUGUCGAAGACCUGCCGAGUCAGAAAUGAACGAGUCUGAGAGGUAACAAAAACAUUAUCGAUCAGGAAAACUGGAAUUAAAGACGGUUUAUCAAUAUUUCCUUUGCACAGCUGGAAACGUUCUGUAAUAGUAAUGAGACAGCCAAGUCUGGGAUUUCACCUCCUAAUCCAACCACUCGUCUUAAACUUGUAGUGUUUACUUCUCAGAUUAGGAUUAACAAAUGUCAGUGUGUAGCUGGACCUCCUUAUCUUACAUUUAACCCUUUAAAGUGACUUAAACUUCACUAAAGAGACAAAACCUACAAAUCAAGAGGAAACAUCCCAAACUGACGACAAACACCGAGUACGAAAGAGGAUCAGGGUCACAAAAAUCAUUACAGGAGGAGAUUUUUUAAUUUCCAUUAUGAGAUUAAAGUCGAAAUUUUAAAAAGUCAAAAUUUUGACUUUGUUCAUGUUGAAUUUAAUCUCAAAAUGUUUUAUUUUUUAAAUCUCGACAUUUCAACAUUUUGUAAUUUCAAUAUUUCGACUUUAUUGACAUAAUUUCUCUAGCAUGUCUAAUGGGAGGCGUCCAGAAGGCGUCCUAACACCUCAGCUGACUCCUCUGGACGUGGAGGAGCAGCGGUUCUCCUCUGAGCGCCUCCCGAGUGUCCGAGCUCCUUACCCUAUCUCUAAGGCUGAGCCCGGACACCCUGAGGAGGAAACCCAUUUCAGCCGCUUGUAUCUGCGAUCUUGUUCUUUCGGUCAUUACCCAAAGUUCAUGACCAUAGGUGAGGAUCGGCACGUAGAUCGACCCGUAAAUCCAGAGUCUCUCCUUACGGCUCAGGUCAAAGACUCACCCUCACUUUUAAGCCAAUCACAACGCACUUUAAAUCUGUGUCUAAAUGUUUUUUUCAAACUUUUGCUUUUACAGUUUUUUCAGCUCUGUCACAAACAUGUGAAUGUGACUCACAGCAACACCUUAAAAAGAUAAGUUUGUGUAGAUUAUACUUUUCCUGAAACCUCAGAGUCUUUGUGUGUCUGUGGUGUUUCUGGAUAUCACAGAGAUUCCCUCUGUGUUCGUGAGAAGGAUUCAUAACUGAGCUUGAAUGAAAGCCUAGAGAGUCUCCGUCAAAAUGAAACCAAACACACUCUUAUAAAACCAUCUUAAUCAUGAGCCUAAAACUGGAUCUACACCAGAGUCUGAGGAAACUCCACCAUUCCACUCUCAGAGGCGAGAAUCUCCUCUUUUUCUUCUUCAAAUCCAGCAGAAGUUCAGACUCCAAACAUUUCUGCAGAUUAUUUCUGCAGAGCUGCAGCAGAAGAACCCAGAGUUUAGAUGGUUUUAGAGUCGUUUGGAGUCCACGUGGCUCCAUGGUGAACUUCUGGGGUGAACGUCCCUCAGGUCUGUCACAGAGGAGGAGGACGCCGCGCUCCUCUGAACCGACGACACAAACACACACAGACAUCGCUCUGCUCUCCUUAAACUGUCUCCUCAGAGAACAAGAACCAACCUGUCAUGUGGUUUCCGUGUGUGUGUGUGUGUGUGUGUGUGUGUGUGUGUGUGUGUGUGUGUGUGUGUGUGUGUGUGUGUGUCAUGUAGAGCAUUAGUGUCAGUCACUGACAGUGUGUGUUUGUACUUACAGCCUC